UCAGUCAGAGGCAGGCGGACUGUGAGCCACUACUUCAGCACUCCUCAUUUAACCCAGGUCUGCUUAAAAACACCAACACCAGCCAAACAUGGACAACGUGUACGAGACAGUGGAUGAGGUAAGUGCUAAAGAAGCUGGCAGUAGCCGCUCCAGCAGCCCGGACAGUGAGCCCAAGUAUGAAAACACAGCUGAGGCCGAGGAGCACCUGUACAGCGAGGUGCAAGUGCACGCCUCCGCGGAGGAAGAGCGUGGCUCGCCGGACUACAUGGACAUCAGAGAGGAGGACAAACACAGCUCGUCUUCCUCCAGCGAGGAUGAAGAGGAGAAAGCAGAGCAAGUUCAAGCUGAAGAGGUAGAUGAAGUCAAAGCUGAGGAGGUAGAGGAGGUGAAAGCAGAGGAAGAGCCAGAGCCAGCGGUGGAGUUGGAAGUGAACGGCGAGGCACACGACGGAUCCAGGCGCUGUUCGGCCUCUUCAUCAUCCUCUUCUUCCGCCGGAGACCCGUGUGACGACCCUCCGAUUGAGGCAGAGGUCAAGGUGGAGGAAUCUGUCGACUACAGCGUGAAAACCCUAGAAAAUGUGACUCUGGAUGACCCCAGCCAGCCUGAAAUCACUCUGUUUGUCAAGGCUGGUAAUGAUGGAGAAAGCAUCGGUAACUGCCCCUUCUCUCAGCGUAUCUUCAUGAUCCUGUGGCUUAAAGGAGUGGUGUUUAACGUCACAACCGUCGACCUCAAAAGAAAACCAGCUGAUCUGCACAACCUGGCCCCGGGGACACACCCUCCUUUCCUGACCUACAACGGAGAAGUCAAGACCGAUAUCAACAAGAUCGAGGAGUUCCUGGAGGAAACGCUCUCUCCUCCAAAGUAUCCCAAACUGGCCGCCAAGCAGAGAGAGUCGAACACAGCUGGAAACGACAUCUUCGCCAAGUUCUCAGCCUACAUCAAGAACACCAAACCAGAGGCCAACGCCGUCCUGGAGAAAGGUUUGACCAAAGCUCUGAGUAAGCUGGAUGACUACCUGAACACCCCAGUGACUGAUGAGAUCGACGCAGACAGCAUGGAGGAGGAGAAGGGAUCAAACCGGCUCUUCCUGGAUGGAAAUGACCUGACUCUGGCUGACUGCAACCUGCUGCCUAAACUGCACAUAGUCAAGGUUGUCGCUAAGAAGUACCGCAACUACGAAAUCCCCUCAAGCAUGACGGGCGUGUGGCGGUAUCUGAAGAACGCCUACACACGUGAUGAAUUCACCAACACUUGUGCUGCUGACUCUGAGAUCGAGACCGCCUACAAAGACGUGGCGAAAAGGCUGGCCAAGUAACCCGCCAACUGACCCGAGCUCAAACCAGAUAAACUUGUAACACAACACAAAAAAAACCCAUUAGUUUCAGUAAACAAGUCUGACAGUCCUCUCUCCGCUGUCGUCUUCUGGGGCGUUUUCAGAAACCUUCAGGAAUGUUUUUUCUGUCGUAGUCAGGUCACAUGUUUAAUUCAGCUUCUUGACAGCAGAUUCAAACGUGAUUGUGUCUGUCUAUAUUUAUUCCUCAUAACACAAAGCUCUCUUUCAUUCUCCGGUCUGCAUGGCCAAACGUUUAGUAGCUGCUGAUGUCAGGGCAGUUCACUUUAUUUAUUCCUGAGCCCACAGAAGUCUAGUCUGCCUCCAGUGUUUAUUAGACUCCUCGGAGACACCUCGAUUCAUCUGUGAUUAAUGACUUAUGGUAAUUGUUUGCUGAAUAUAUGACUGUUUAAAUCUGCAGACUCAUUAUGAUUGUCAUUCAUUACUGUUGAUGUUGCUGUAGUUGUUGUUUCUUUGAACUUCUGCAUUUCUUUAGAUUCACUCCUGCUUCUGAAUGAUUGAUUUUAAGAAUGAUUGAUUUUAAAUUUAACCUCUUGGUAAUGUGAGUUUUAAAGAACAAAAUUUAGCUGGCAAAGGCAUUAAUAGCUGAGAAAAAAGUUUGUUUGGAAAUUGUUUGCAUCCAUAAAUCUGUUUUAAAUUGCGAUAUUUUAACCUGAUAUCAUGAAAAGCCUCAACUAUGUGCCUUUAUUUUGAAGAGUCAUAAGUCCAUGCCAACGCCACUGAUGGAUUCAUUCUGAAAAAUGUAUUGCAGCCAGAGCCGAGCCAUUUGUUCUGCCUCUAGCUAUUAGUGUUCAGUGGAGGUAUUGAUUUUGUCUUGAGUUACACAUGAUAUUAUGAAUGGAGAGAGUAUUUAUUUAGCAGCCCCAAUCAGCCCUGAUUAGGUAGAGCCAUUAGCACUGCGAUGAAAAGCGUCUUCCAGGCCAGGUCCACAAUGGUCCGAAACCCUCACCCUCCAGCCCCUCAUCAAAGAGACAUUUCCUCCGCUCUGAAGAGUCCGUCAACAUCCGCAGCCUAAAGUUCAAGUUCAAAAGUUUCAUUGUCCAUUGCGCGAGAGGAGGAUGGAAAUUUGUCUCGGGGCUUAUCGUCUUUGGCGUGGUGUCAGGCUGCAACUUUAGCGAGACUUCCUUGCAGAACCAUAAGGCUCUUGUGUGGUUUGGACAAACAUGUGAUAUGAAAUUGGAGCAUGAUGACUGAGAGCCUUGCUCAUUGCAAAGCUCCACAAAUAAAAUAAUAUUUUCACA